AGAGAGAGGGAGAGAAAGGGCGAGAGAGAGGGAGUUUAAACUAAGAGCUAUGUUUUGGGACAAACUAAUCUGCUAGAGAGCAGUGUGAGGAUCGGAGCGCAUUGUGUGAGCGAGUGUGCGGUGGACAGAUAAGGGAACAAGCCCGCCAGCCCGACUGCUUGUUUUAAUGUGCAGACUGGGGAGAUAAAAAAAAUAUUGACUCUUCAGUCGUGUGCCGAGACCCUGGGCACAAGCGCCACAUACACCAGAGGUGUACCACAUCCACCAGAGGUGUACCACAUCCACCAGAGGUGUACCAAAAAAGGGGAAAAGGGGACAAAAAUCUGACACUAAACAGAUAUUAUAGAGGAUUUUUUCCCCGUUUUUUAAUUGAUUUAUUUUUUAUUUAUUUUUUCUUGGGACUGACUCCCAUUUCCAGUAGAAAGAGGGAGACAAUAACUGAAGGAGAGCCCUUAGAAAAUAAGAAAAGGACGAAAAAAAGCAUUGACUACAAGAUGUUCGAAAUCAGCCGAACUCUCAACGCUGCUUUGUUGAGCAAUGAGCAUCUCAAGAUGAUGGUGCGGUACCCCCAGCUCUCGGGACUAGCCACUGCUGACGGCUCCGUCCCUGAGAGGCUCUCGCCGCUAUUUCCCAGGGAUCUCCCAUCCACCCAGAUGGGGUCCAGGUCACUUUUGGGAUCGACAGAGACACAGUGGCGUCAGGCAGAACUCCCGCAGCUACAGGGCUGGGCAGAGAAGGGAUUGCUGACACAGCCAAAGAUGAUAAUCAGCAACAUGGAGCCUCAGGUGACGAACGGCCCCAACGGCACCACGGCUAACGGGCCGUCCAGCAACAGCCGCAGCUGCCCUUCACCCAUGCAAACUGGAGGCCCCACCGACGACAGCAAGACCAACCUCAUUGUCAACUACCUGCCCCAGAACAUGACCCAGGAGGAGUUCCGCAGCCUGUUCGGCAGCAUCGGAGAGAUUGAGUCCUGCAAACUGGUCCGCGACAAGAUCACAGGGCAGAGUCUGGGCUAUGGGUUCGUCAACUACAUAGACCCAAAGGAUGCAGAGAAAGCCAUUAACACAUUAAACGGACUCAGACUUCAAACCAAAACUAUCAAGGUGUCAUAUGCACGUCCCAGCUCAGCCUCCAUCCGAGACGCUAACCUGUAUGUGAGUGGUCUGCCAAAGACCAUGACCCAGAAGGACCUGGAGCAGCUCUUCUCCCAGUACGGACGCAUCAUCACCUCCCGCAUCCUGGUGGACCAGGUCACAGGCCCCACAGGUGGUUCGCGGGGUGUGGGGUUCAUUCGCUUUGAUAAGAGGAUAGAGGCUGAGGAGGCCAUUAAGGGGCUGAAUGGACAGAAGCCCUCUGGAGCUGCUGAGCCCAUCACCGUCAAGUUCGCCAACAACCCCAGCCAGAAGACCAGUCAAGCGCUACUGUCCCAGCUGUACCAGUCCCCCAACCGCCGGUACCCAGGCCCCCUGCACCACCAGGCUCAGAGGUUCAGGCUGGACAAUUUGCUUAAUAUGGCCUAUGGCGUAAAGAGGUUUUCUCCCAUCACCAUUGACAGCAUGACUAGCCUGGUGGGCAUGAACAUCCCUGGCCACACAGGCACUGGCUGGUGCAUCUUUGUCUACAACCUGUCUCCAGACUCUGACGAGAGCGUCUUAUGGCAGCUGUUCGGGCCCUUCGGAGCAGUCAACAACGUCAAGGUCAUCCGUGACUUCAACACCAACAAGUGCAAGGGCUUCGGCUUCGUCACCAUGACGAACUACGACGAGGCAGCCAUGGCCAUCGCCAGUCUCAACGGGUACCGGUUGGGAGACCGCGUCUUGCAAGUCUCGUUCAAGACCAACAAGACCCACAAGUCCUGAACCCUUCCUCACUCCAAAUCCCCUGUCACCACUACCACUACCACCUUACAGUCGCCCAACACAGCAACUCUCCAGAAGGAACACAGCAAACAAACAAACAAAAAAGAACUAGAAAUGGCUUAUACUAUAACUUUGGAACUAUAAGCCAAUGUUGCCUAAGUAUUACAAAAUGAAAGAUUAAAAUAUCCAUGAUUUGGAACCCCUGUGAUUCUACAGGAUUCCUGUUGUAUAUCCUUUCUGUUCUUGUGGUUGUCAAACUAUUUUUCUCUUCUAUGUAAACAGUAGCAAAAACCAGUCCCCUUAUUUCAAAGAAGAGAAUGUCCUUUUUAGAUUUAACUUUCUUGGUCUUGAUUGAGGAUUUUUUUCUUUUUUAAAUCCGGAUCCACUGUCGUUAGAAUUAUGCCUCCCUGACAGAAGAAGGGAGGGGGCUCUUUUUUAAAUUGGUGACCAUUCAUUCAUUUUUUUGUGUAUAUUAAACCCCCCUAACAAUUCUAAGGGAUGACACAAUCCUGUUUUCUCUGAUGCAGAAAAAAAAAUCUAACAUUUGUUUGUUUUGUAUUGCAAACAAAACACGUCUUUCCUCACUGGGGUUUGGGAGAUGGGGAGAGGGAAGGGAUGGGUUAGAAUUCCUGAUGACAGGUUAAAUGAUUUAAAAAACACUGUUGCCAAAGAGAAAAUCUCUUUGCUUGAAAAUGCGUUUAGAAAAAUAAAAAAUAAAGAGAAGAAAAUCUAUUUUUAUAAUAUGAUAAUUAAAAUAAUUAUUGAAGAAUUUUUACAAGAAUCUGGAUUUGAAAAAAUAUAAAAAUAUUUUGACUGGCUAAUUAGGCGGUGGGGGAGGGGUGGGCGCCACCUUGUCUUGUUCGUUCUGCCGUGGUACUUUUUAGGAGCAAAGGUUGUUUGUUUUUAGGAGAAAGUGAUUGGCGAUGAUUUUGUAGAUGGAAGGUUUUGUCAAGGGAUGCAAAUUGAGGCGGGUGAUCGUUGUAAUUUUUCAUAGUGCGUAAUUAUUCAACAGCGAUACCCAAAAGGGAAGGGAGAGGGGUCUUUCAAGGCCUAACCAUCCUCACAGUUGAGAGCCCAAAGCAAGAAGACCCAUUGUCCACUUGUUUUCUUUUUGUCAUCAGCCUAUGGGAUAUCAGUAAUGAAUAUAUACACAUCUAUCCAUUUAGAAAACAUACAUUAUCUAUUGUUUUCUUUGCUAUAAUUUUGUGGAAUUUUAAAAUAACUUCCUUUAGCGAUCAACAGUAGGUGCUAUAUUACAUGAUUCACAUAUCUUAAAUAUCCACAUUUGUUGUUCUAUGUGUUGUUCAGAGAAAAAAUACUUCGAUGUUGGCAUUGAAUUGAGCUGCUGUUCUUGUUUAUUUUUGUUGUUGGCCCCCAUCUGGUUAGACUAUUUCUUGCUGAAAUACCAGAUGACGGACUUUGGGCCGUGUAAGAAUCACUUAACAAGUUUUCUUUGGCUUGCUGACUUUUAGGUUACUUGCUAAGUGUGAAGCGUUGUCAAAAUUCAAUAAUAAUUAGCUAGUUCUGUUAGUCUAGAUAUUUGUUUCCUCAAAGGAUCUAUUACAACUGUGUCUUUAUUUGUUGUGUACAAAUAGAUAAUAUAUAGUCUACAUUUGUUUUACAAUAUCUAUAUCUAUAUGAGUUGUCACUGUCUUUUGUUUGAGCUUGUCUUUUUCAUAUGACAACUUUAUGAAGUGAUGGUUCAGUUACUUAGAAAACUCGUGAGGAAUCCUGUUUAAUAUGUUGUCAUGUCGCUUGUAAAAAAAAAAAAUGUAAAAAAGAUUUGGAGAAAAAUUUUGGUAUCUGCCACGGCAAAAGAAACCGAACAAAAGCUUAGAAAAUAACUAUUUAUUCAUUUAUUUAUUGAUCGAUUGAUUGUUUCAUUGCUUCAACUAUUUAUUUAUAUUGAUUAUUUAUUUUUAUAUUUAUUUGUUCUGUUGUCUGUGUAUUUGCGUGAAUCUGGUACAGGGAGGGGUGACGUUUCUGAGCAAAAGGGAACAAAGCGACUAGGGGAGAGGCUCUUCCAUUAGUCCACUGCACUGAGAACUUUUAGUACGUUUGUGCUUUGUACCGAUAUUGUACCGAUAUAAAUUACAAUAUAAAAAAAUCUAAAAGUUGAAAACUAAAAACGCUCUUCCCUUAUUACUAGAAACAGUUACUCGCUAUGCAUAACCUAGUUGAUAGUUAAAUUUGCUAUUGCUUUUUUCUUGUCUUGUUAAACAAAAUCUUUAAAUCUUUUUCAAUAAAGUUUAGUCUUAAUAUAAUGUUAUAACAGUUGUUCUGGUUCAAUAUAACCUGUGAUAAGUUUGUGUCGUUUUAAAGCCACUCCGCACCCUCCCUCCACACUACCGCUUUGUGAUGAAACUUUAUGCAAAAAUGUGGGUCUGAAGCAUAAUUUUCAGUUUUCAAACAUUUUAUAACAUCCAAUUUUGGAGGCUCAGGCACCUGAAUUCGAUGAGCAAAUGUCCAUUGUAUUUGAGGGUCAUUCAUUGCACUGGACUAAUCAGUCAACUCACCUAAGAGUCAAACUUAUUUUUAGAGAAUCAUGUUUGAAAAUUACAAAAGAACAUCUCUUUAAAGAGAUCUUGAUCAUUGUACACUAACUAUACUUAUGGCACUUGUUGCUAUUUAAAAAUACUGAAGGUAUUUAAUGGAUUAUACCCAUUCUAUAUUUUAUAUACUAUAAUAUGAUAUAUAUUUUGAAAGGUAAAGAUAGGGAAUGGUUCCUGAAGUACUGAAUUGGAUUUUGUUGAGCCAGGAAACAUGAGGUGUAGGAAAAUUGUAAACACUCAGACACAUUCAUAUAUAUAUAUACUCUCUCAUAACCACAUCUUAGGCAGACCAUCUGUCAUCAUCGAACCACUAUACAGUUCUGACCUCAGAACACCAACAGACCCCUUUUCAUGCUCCAGAGCUGUUUGGAGUUUGAAUUAUGCAACGACCCCAGUAGAAUGUUGUUCUGAUGUGUGAACAUAUUUCCUAUGUCUUUUGAACUGUGUUCAUGCUCAUGAGUGUGUUUGUGAACACGUUUGCGUGUGUGUGUGUGUGUUUGUAAGGGUGUUUGAAACAUGGGGAUGCGUCACCUCGGUCUAUGCCCAACCCCUAUGGCUCACACAUCCCCUGUAGCGCCUUCUAGUGGCAGCCUGCCAAUAGGAAAUCAACAGCCAGUAGUGUAGGAGGGAAGGUUAAGAGAGGAACAAGGCUCUUGUCAUUUUUAAUUUUCUCCUGAAAUGUGUUUGUUUACUAUCUGAAAAUCUAUAAACUAUCUUUAAAGACAAAAAAUAAGAAAACAUUUCAGAGCCUAAUUGGUCUCUCCUAUUUAUGUUAUUCCUUAUCAAUUAUCAAUUAUUAUUAUUGCUAUUAUUCUUAGUAUUCUUAUCCUUAUUAUUAAUCCAAUUACUGCGAUGAAUGACUUCAUGUUAUCCUUGCUAGUUUAGGUCAUUUCUGAAACUGGAAACAAAAAAAUCUUGCUGUAAAUGUUUUUUUUUUCUCCAUAAAACUGUUGUGUUUGAAUUAUUUGUACUUUUGAAUGUUGGGACAAUAAAAUGAGGUGUUGAAGAG